UCACGUGGUCACGGUUUACAUGAACGUAAAUCAAAUCCCAAUGUUUUUACAAAUAAACUCUUGUCUGUUGUAAAGCAGCAGAAAGCGCUUCAGUCCGCGUCCUCAAUAAUCUUCUUCAUCAUCUGUCGAGCACACGCCCUCCGCUCCCGUGCGCGCCUCCGUCCCCCGUGCGCGUUCACGCGGCAGACCCACAAACCCAGAUCAGAACAUGAGAAGAUGAAUACUGAAUGUGUGUCAAGGGCACAAACGCGAGGAUCACAGCGCAGUUCGAGAUGAUUUGUUUGUGAUGUGAUUCAGUCGGACCAGCGCCGGUUCCGUUGCGGGUUCAAGUUCUGAUACGAGGUCUUCUGUCGCUACGGGUUCGGGUUCUGAUGCGAGCCGGAUUCGGCCUGACUGUGAUCCCGCUGCUGGAUUUUCUCUCAUCCGUGGAUCUCCUGCAGAUGCUCGUCAACGAAACGCUCGGCGAUCUGUUGUGAAGUCGAAUGAUGAAAUAUGACGAGAAACAUUUAUGAUCCCGAAUCUUCGACUCCAUUUUGAUCUGCUGAUGGAUCUGUCAUUUCUUCACAUGAUGGACCCGUGGAUUGUUGUUAUUGUUUCGUGGAUCCCUGAUGCUGGAUUGCUUCACAUCUGACCGGUUCUGAUUCGGAUCUGUGAAUGGGCGAAUGAAUGUGAUGAAGAUGAGUCUGAGCUGAUGAAGAUGAUGAUGAUGCUGGAUACACAGAAUGCAAGUCAGGAGAUUGGUGAAGAGGUGGAGGAGGGUGCGGUGUUCAGCAUCACGCUGAGGAAGGUUCAGAUGUAUCAGUCGUCCAGUAAGAGUCAGCGCUGGUUGGGUGUGGAUUCAGAUGCCUCUCUCAGUCUGUAUGAGACGUGUAAACUGCGGAGCAUCAAAGCAGGAACGCUGGAGCGUCUGGUGGAGUAUAUGGUCACAGCGUUCAGAGGAAACGACUCCACAUACGUCACCAUCUUCCUCUGUACGUAUCGAACGUUUGCCACCACCAAACAAGUGCUGGACCUCCUAUUGAACAGAUAUGCUAAACUUCAUCAGCAGCCGGGCACAGACGCUCGCAGAAUGACGUCUGACGAACGCACGGAGCUCAGGAACACUGUUUCCUCUAUCCUGGGCGCCUGGCUGGAUCAAUACUCGGAGGACUUCUGGAAGCCUCCGGAAUACAGCUGCCUGAGAAGAUUAAUCCACUACUUACAACUCAACUUCCCAGGGUCCGAUCUCGAGCGACGGGCCUGUAAUCUCCUGACCCAAUUCCAUCGGAGAUUUCAGCAGGAAUCGGACCAGGAGGUGAUCGAUCAAGGAUGCUGUGCUUUUACUCUGCUGGAAGAGAAUGGAUUCCAUGAAGAUCCACCAGAUUUCUUGAGCUUUGACCCAACAGUGGUGGCAGAGCAGUUCACACUAAUGGAUGCAGAGCUGUUUAAGCGUGUGGUGCCGUAUCACUGUCUGGGCGGCAUCUGGUCUCAAAGAGAUAAGAAAGGGAAAGAACAUCUGGCACCAACCAUCAGGGCCACAGUCACUCAGUUUAACCGUGUCACAAACUGCGUCAUUUCCACCUGCCUGAGUGACCGAACGCUCAAACCCGCACAUAGAGCCCGAAUUCUGGAGCACUGGAUUCAAAUUGCCAGAGAGUGUCGGAUCUUGAAGAACUUCUCGUCUCUGCGUGCGAUUCUGUCAGCACUGCAGUGUAACCCAGUUCACCGGCUGAAGAAAACAUGGGAUGAAGUGUCACGAGAAAACAUUCGCAUCUUCCAAGAGCUGUCAGAGAUCUUCUCAGAUGAGAACAACCACUCGCUCAGUCGAGAACUGCUGAUAAAGGAGGGAACAUCAAAAUUUGCCACUCUGGAGAUAAAUCCAAAACGAGCUCAGAAACGGCAGCAGCCACAGAGAGAUCUGACUGUGAUGCAGGGAACUAUUCCUUAUCUGGGAACUUUCCUCACAGAUCUGGUAAUGAUGGACACGGCAAUGAAGGACUAUCUGGAUGGCGGCUUGAUUAACUUUGAGAAGAGACGGAAGGAGUUUGAAGUGAUCGCUCAGAUUAAGUUGUUGCAGUUGGCGUGUAAUAAUUAUAAUUUUCAGCGGGUUUCUGGUUUCAGUGUUUGGCUCUCCAGUGUGGAGAAACUGUCAGAGGCCGAGAGUUACAGUCAGUCGUGUGAGAUCGAGCCGCUAUAUGAAUCUGCCUCCAACACGCUGAGAGCUAAGAAGAGCUCUGGAAUUAUGAAGAGAUGGAGCGAUCGACAGCCGGUCGGUUCCGGUGAUGCCGGCUGUAGCUCGUCCAGCAGCUCGCACUCCAAGUCCUUCGAUCAGCUGCGUUUCCCUCCGAGCGUCGGCGGUUCUGCGGCGGACGCCUGCGACUCCGUCAGCGUGACGUCUGCCGGCUCCAGCAGCUCUGACGUGGAGGAGGUGAACAUUAGCUUCAUCUCAGACUCACCGGACGCGCUGGAGAGGAAGACCUCCACACCCUUCGUAAAACAUUCCAGCUCAACCAUAGGAAAGUGCGGCCCCAUGGGAGACCUGAUACCCACGUUUUGGGAAUCCACAUCUCUCUCAUCACUGGACGCGUCGGGUCUGGGCUCGGGUUCUGGCUCCAGCAGUGCCUCCUCGUCCUCUGUGUCGUCCACUCCGGUGACAGGGUCCCGCUCGCACAAGCGCUCCGUCUCGGGUGUGUCCAGCUACUCGUCGCUGUCUCUGCCGCUCUAUAACCAGCAGGUGGACGACUGCUGCAUCAUCAGAGUCAGUCUGGACGUAGACAAUGGAAACAUGUACAAGAGCAUCCUGGUGACCAGUCAGGAUAAAACUCCGGCAGUUGUCAGGAAGGCGAUGGUUAAACACAACUUGGACCGUGAGAGAGCUGAAGAUUAUGAACUGGUUCAGAAAAUCAGUGAGGAUAAAGAACUGAAGAUUCCUGAUAAUGCCAAUGUUUUUUAUGCCAUGAACUCUACUGCCAACUAUGACUUUGUCUUGAAGAAGAGGGGUUUCCCCAGAGUGGGCCGAUCCAAACACGUGGCCAGCUCCACGCUGCCUCGAAUGAAACAGAAAGGUCUUAAACUCGCCAAGGGGAUCUUCUGAAUUCUCUUACGCGUCCGCUCCGGCUGAAGUCUGGCAGAGACGGCAGAACUCUCCGUCAGAGAGGCCAUCUGUAUGUUUACAGGCAGUCCUGUCAACUCCUCAACUAGUUUCAGCGUUUUCAGCCUUGGUCUGCGAUGUCAUCAGUUUUGCUUCUGAUGUCAUUUCCUGUCAACCGUAGGUUGGUGUGGACUGAAAACAAAGGAGAAACGAAGCAGAUUUGUGUGUGCGUCUGUGUGUACAUGUUCAUGAUGGUGCGAUGACCGGACUGACUCGGAUCCAUUCGAUGUUUUUGUGCGUCUGUUCUUACUGCUGAAUGUCCAGCAGAUUGUGCUAAAGCUCAUUUACACUGAUCCAACAAACUUUUUAACAACCAACUUAUAAUGUCAUCGUCUGUUGGAUGAGUAUGAACGAGCCUUUAUGUAUAACACAGCAGCAGUGCAUGAUGGGCGUAUCGUAUAUGAAUGGGAUCAUUCACACAUGAAUCAAUUUCUGACUCAUAUUUUAAUAUUAUAACUGCUGACAGCUUUUAUUGAGAGCUCAUUUGCAUAAGAAAGAAGAUUAUAUUAACAAAAUUGUAUUAAAAACAAAUGACAUUCGGUCACUCUGUGCGCGCGUGCGUGUGUAUGACUUUUUGUGUUUUGUGAAUAUUGUUGUGAUGAAAGAUCAGAAAAACAUUGUACUGUGAUUGACUGAAAAGAACAAGAAUGUCAAUGUAGAGAAAAACAAAAGUGAAGAUGAAUUGUGAUUUAUAUCAAAGAGUUUUAGCUGUAAAGUCAGUGAAUGAACGCGCGUGACUUCUUUUCAGGACGCGCAUCUUUUGUACACGUGUGCGCGUGAUAUGUUUUCAAUAUCUCUGAACGCGCGUUCACGUGUGGUGUUUUAUGACGGAAGGGCCAAAGAUCCGUCCGGUGACGUCAGCACUGCCCGUUUAGAUCGGACUCCUACCGCAGAUCUGUGGUGCCAUUGGUUUUUUCACUGACUUUAUAAUCUCACACGCUCUCUUUUUCUAUGUUAUUUUGUAAUCUUUGUACAGUAUAUGAGGUGUCCUUUGUACUUUUGCUUUUUAUUUGACUUGCGUACGUGUCUCAGUGUUAGUCUUUGUAUUUAUUCAUUUGUAAAUAGUUUUGUAACGUUGUACAUUUAGGUUCCUCCCAUGUAAUUAUAAAUAAUGUGUAAAUAUGAAUAUAUCUGUGCGAGGUUCAUACCACUGCAGUUACUUUCAGCUGUCUACUCUGUUAACUAUGGUUUUAAUGUUUGUCCUGUCUUUUUUAAUUGCACAUAUUUGAUAUUGUUCUUCUUAUGAUGCACUGUUUGUAAUAUUGGAGACGGUUACACAGUUAAUAAACACGUGCAGUGCGCUUAACCAUA